AUGAAUUUUUCAUCACCAAUACCAUCAGAUGCAGCACAUUUAUUAAAUUCACAAAUUUCAUCAUUUGGGGGUAGAAAUAUAUCAACACCUGCUCCACCAAUAUUAAGUGAUCAAUCUUCACAACCACAACAACAACAACAACCAAGAUCUAUAACAUCACAGAGAAGAAGAAAACUAGAUAUACCAAAAGUUGUUGAUGCAACUUCUAUAAAAGUUGAGGAAUCUUUCCAAAACUUCAUAGAAGAAUUUGUUGAUGAAGAUGAAACAAAUAAUGGAUGGGAUGGUAAAAUAUAUUUAGCACAAAUUGAAUCAAUGAAAAAUUUUGAAUAUAGUACUUUAUAUAUUAAUUAUCAAAAUUUAUUAUCAGUUGAAAAUGGUGUUUUAGCAACUGCUAUAGCAGAACAAUAUUAUCGUUUUUAUCCUUAUCUUUUGGAUGGUUUAAAAAAAUUAUUAAAAAAAUAUGCACCAAAUUUGUUACAUACAAAUUUAUUAGGUCAAAAUAAUGAGGAAGAAAAUAUAAGUGAAAAUACUUCAUCUUCAACUAAUGCUACAUCAAAUGAAAGAGUUUUCCAAAUAUCAUUUUUUAAUUUACCGACUGUUCAAAGAAUUAGAGAUAUAAGAUCAAAUAAAAUUGGUUCGUUAAUGACCAUUUCUGGUACAGUUACAAGAACUUCAGAAGUUAGACCUGAAUUAUAUCGUGCUUCUUUUACUUGUGAUAUGUGUUCUGCUUUAAUUGAAGGUAUUGAACAAGUUUUUAAAUAUACAGAACCAACUUCAUGUCCAUCAUGUGAAAAUCAGUCAUAUUUUACAUUGAAUAUUUCGAAAUCUCGAUUUAUUGAUUGGCAAAGAGUUAGAAUUCAAGAAAAUGCAAAUGAAAUACCAACUGGUUCAAUGCCAAGAACUUUGGAUGUUAUUUUAAGAGGUGAAACUGUUGAAAGAGCUAAACCCGGUGAUAAAUGUAAAUUUACAGGUUGUGAAAUUGUUAUACCAGAUGUUUCUCAAUUAGGAUUACCAGGAGUAAAACCACAAUCAAUAAAAGAAAAUAGAGGAUCAGAAUUAAAUUCAGGUGUUUCAGGAUUAAAAUCUUUAGGUGUUAGAGAUUUAACAUAUAAAUUAGCUUUUAAUGCAUGUCAUGUAACUUCAAUGAUAAAUAAAGUUGGUAAUGAAACAGAAACUGAUUCAAAUGAUCAUGAAAUUUUCCUUACUUCAUUGAGUGAAUCAGAUGUAUCUGAGUUAAAAGAAAUGGUUAAAGAUGAACAUAUUUAUGAUAAAUUAGUAAGAUCAAUAGCACCUGCAGUAUUUGGACAUGAAGUUGUUAAAAAGGGAAUACUUUUACAAUUAUUAGGUGGUGUUCACAAACAAACAGUUGAUGGUAUAAAUUUAAGAGGUGAUAUAAAUAUUUGUGUUGUUGGUGAUCCAUCAACUUCAAAAUCUCAAUUUUUGAAAUAUGUUUGUGGGUUCAGUCCAAGAGCUGUAUAUACAUCAGGUAAAGCAUCAUCAGCUGCUGGUUUGACUGCAGCUGUUGUAAGAGACGAAGAAAGUGGUGAAUAUACCAUAGAAGCCGGUGCUUUAAUGUUGGCUGAUAAUGGUAUUUGUGCAAUUGAUGAAUUUGAUAAAAUGGAUAUAGUAGAUCAAGUUGCAAUUCAUGAAGCUAUGGAACAACAAACAAUUUCUAUUGCAAAAGCUGGUAUUCAUGCAACUUUAAAUGCAAGGACUUCAAUACUAGCAGCUGCAAAUCCAAUUGGUGGUAGAUAUAAUAGAAAAAUUGGUUUAAGAUCAAAUUUAACUAUGACAGCUCCUAUAAUGUCAAGAUUUGAUUUAUUUUUUGUUAUAUUAGAUGAUUGCAACGAAAGAAUUGAUACACAAUUAGCUUCACAUAUUGUUGACUUACAUAUGCUUAGAGAUAAUGCGAUAAAUCCACCAUAUUCAGCUGAACAAUUAUCAAGAUAUAUUAAAUAUGCAAAAACUUUUAAACCUAGAAUGACAAAAGAAGCAAGAGACUUUUUGGUAACAAGAUAUAAAGAAUUACGUGAAGAUGAUGCUCAAGGUUUAGGUAGAUCGUCUUAUAGAAUUACUGUACGUCAAUUAGAAUCAAUGAUUCGAUUAAGUGAAGCUAUUGCAAGAGCUAAUUGUACUGAAGAUAUAACACCAAGUUUUGUUGCAGAAGCUUAUGACUUAUUAAAACAAUCUAUAAUUAGAGUUGAAAUGGAAGAUAUAGAAAUAGAAGAUGAUGAUGUACAACAAGAUACUAUAGCAGCAGUUGAAACUGUUGAUGGUGCACCAUCAGAACCACCACAACAACAACAACAAUCAGAAUCAACAUCAGUGUCAUAUGAUAAGUAUGUAUCAGUUAUGAAUUUAUUAGUCAAAAAAAUAUCAGAUGAUGAUAAAAAUGGUGGUGAAGGUUUAACAGCAGAACAAUUAAUUGAUUGGUAUUUAUUACAAAAAGAAGAUGAUUUAUCAAGUGAAGCUGAAUAUAUGCAAGAACGUAAAAUUGGAUAUAAAGUUUUGAAAAGAUUAGUAAAAGAUAGAAUAUUAAUGAGUGUUUCAAAUAAUGAUAAUGAAUCAUUACCAGAAUCAGAUGAAAGUAAUACUACCAAAACAGUUUAUAUUAUACAUCCAAAUUGUGCAAUAUUAGAUUUUUUUGAUAGAGACGAAGAUAGAAGAGAUGAAAGUGAAACUUCAACUUAA